AUGACAGCUCCGACGAAAGAUCCCGCGUGGCUUUGGAGCGUGGUCAACGUAUUUGUCACCAUGCUGUUUCUCGUGGCGGCUUGGACCAGUUUGGCACUGAGGCACACCCGCCCUAAGCUAUUUUUUCUGAAUGCCUCUUGCCAAACAGUUCUUGCCAUCACGUUGGUCAUUGUCAUCGCUGAGAGACCACCGGAGCUUGUUAAUAUCAAUUACAUUGUUGCCCGUGUGGCCCUUUUUUCCCUCAGUUUUCUGGAAGCGGGGGAGGUAUACAGUCUCAUUGAAUCUUCGACAUUACUAGAUCUGACAGUAGUCCGAGGUGUGACACUAUUGUCAAGCAUCAUCGCUGUCAGUCUAUUUGUAUCGUCAUUGGUCUUGGGACAAAAUACAUUCACCAGCUCGCUUCUGUUCACCCUCACCAUCUCGCUCUGUUGUCUUUAUCGGAUUGUUUGGGUAGGGAAACUAUUGCGACUUACAGGGCAUACUAACUCCCCCUUGUCCUACAAUUUGGGUCGAUCAAUUGUGUCUAUUAUCAUCAAUUUUGCCGCCUUUGGGCUUGAACAGAGAUUCAGUCAACAAGAGACAUUGUGGCUUACAAUUCAACUCUUGGUAAACAAUACCCUCUUAGCAUUGCGUGGAAUUCAGCAACUCUAUAUCGACCACGUGGGCAACAUAUCGUCUGUGAGGCGAUCCUCGAGCCGCGAACAGAUCGUCUCCAAGGAGCACACAGGAGCUAACUCAACGGCGACAUUCGCUACAAUGAAUGAGAGGACCGAUGACCAAGAUCAAGCCCCCGCCCCGUCGAUAUAA